GGCUCUACCUUGAUAUUUAAUUCAGUUUUCAUCAUCGUCAAUUGUCCUAAAAUUACUAUUUAUUUACUAAAUUUCGGUAAUAUACGUGAUUCUUUACUUUAACUCUAUUGCUACUUUCAAUUAUUAUAAUGUUUUCAAUCAAAUGACAUGAAACCUUGUACACAAUGAGAUAUUUCUCUUUUUACAAGGUAAACAACUAGUGGCUUAUAUCUCUGUUUAAAUCAUCUUUUCCUCGCUUUUAUAUUCAAUUUUCUCAUUCGCCUUUAGCUACCACGUCCUCACGAUUCUGACGUUCAUCUUAAUCCUUUGGCCAUCUGAGUAUUAAUAAAUUAUUCCAAUUCAGCGGUUGAUCUAUUCAUCAUGAACGUGUUUGUUUUCCUGUCCUUCUGUGAAUCUCAUAUUUUGAGUUUAUGACAAAUUUCAAUCCAUUUAGAUUAAAGUGCAUAAAUAUUUUACUCCAUCUAUUAUUCCAAUAUGUCUCAACCCACUUUGACCACUAGCAAUGCAUCCGGUAAAAGACUACUUGAUUCACUACAAAUGGAUCUGCGAAACAUCUCCAGUGAAUCUAAAAGGAGACAUCCAACCUUAAAAGAGGCUGCCGAGGCUGGUAUUGUGAAACUGCGAAGUGUAUCCAACAAACAUCCGGAUCUUAGAUUAGCUCUAUUGUCAGAGAGUCCAGAAUUAUUAGAACCAUUUUGCAUGGCUUGUGAAACAAAAAUACCUAAAAUGGUACAGAUAGCUCUAAAUGGUAUUCAACGUUUAAUUACUUAUGAGGCUGUUUCUUCUACUGCCACCGUCCAUUUAAUCAAUUGUCUUUGGAACCUGAUGGAAAAUGAAAUCGAAGAACUAAAAUUGCUACAAACAAUGACUCUUCUUAUCUCUACUAAUGAUAUUGUCCAAGGAGAAACAUUAGCUAAAGGAUUAGCACUUUGUUUUCGACUGCAUUUCACCAAGAAUCAAACUGUCAACAAUACAGCAUCGGCAACAAUCCGACAGUUGGUGUCCUUUGUAUUUGAAAGAGUCCAAACUGAAGAUAAAACAGAAAGUCCAGAUGCGGCCAAAAUAGAAGUCAACUACGAAGAGCUGAAAGUGGGAUCGAAAAAUCCCCCACAGUCCCUCCGUCCUGCUGCAAGAGAUGCAUUUGCAUUAUUUCAAGAUUUAGUGCAAUUAGUCAACGGAGAUCAACCUUUCUGGUUGAUGGGAUUGAUUGAGAUGACUCGUACUUUUGGAUUAGAAUUAUUAGAGUCCAUAUUUUCUAAUUCAUCAGAUAUCUUCUUUCGGCAUGAAGAAUUUAGUUUCUUGUUGAAAGAAAAGGUUUGCCCGCUUGUUAUUAAACUUUUUUCUCCUAAUAUAAAAUAUAAACCGCAUCUUUCAAUGCUACACCAAUUGCACCAACAUCAACAACAGCAACAACAACAACAACAACAAUCUCAACAGGAUGCUCAGCAAAAUAAUUCAAAUUUUUCAGACAAACCAAUGUUCCCUAUUUCUACGAGACUUUUGAGAAUAGUAACUGUUUUGGUGCAAAAUUUUUAUUCACUUUUGAUUACUGAAUGUGAAAUUUUUCUUUCUCUGUUAAUCAAAUUUCUCGAGGCCGAUAAACCCAAUUGGCAACGUGCUCUUGCCUUAGAAGUUAUCCAUAAGAUGAGUCAACAACCUGUCUUAUUAAAAUCAUUUUGCCAGUUUUAUGAUAUGAAACCAAAUAGCUCGAAAAUUUUUCGAGAUAUCAUUAUUGCUCUUGGAGUUUACUGUCAAUCGAUAUUUAUCUCACCACCUAUUACUCCAAGCUUACUUUCAUCCUUAAUAAAUGCUGCUUCAGCAGCAUCUUCAUCAAAUACACCUCCUAAUACUCCAAAUGCCAAUCAGAUAAAUUCAUCUAGUGGAAUUAUAUCUCCUCAACCUGCUUUUCUUCUACGUGGGACUUGGGUGCCAAUCAUUUCCAAUCUUAGCACUGGACAGAAUAAAAGCUAUUUCCUGGAUCAAAUGGAUAAACUUGAAGCUCCUCCAGUACCUGAUGGUUAUGGUUUAACUACAGCUUUACAUUGUUUUUUCGAAAUUGUUCAGAGUAUAUCAAUUAUAAUUGAUGGUCCUAGUCAAAAAAUUGAGAUUAAAGAGAAAGAAAUUACUAAUGAAAAAAACGAUAGCUUCAAACAUAAAUUAGCCAAUGUUAAUAAUUUAGAACCUGAAGUCAGAAAUCUACAUGAAGCAAUAUUAAAUUCUAGUUGGAGUGGAUUGGUGGCUUCUCUUGCUCUUCUACUUGAUGCAUCAACUGACGAGACUGUUACUGAUUCAAUAUUGAAAACCAUGGAAAAAUUGACAGCACUUUAUGGCUUAUACAAUUUAACAACACCUCGAGAUGCUAUUAUCACAGCAAUGUGUAAAACUUCAUUACCCAUUGGAUACAACUUAUCGAUACUUUCCUUCAAGAUUCCCACAGCAUCUGAAGGUUCAUCGCCAGCAUCUCUUACGCCUUCUGCUUCAACGGGAACUUUAGCUUCAAAUUUAGCUGGAUGUCACAGUAGGUCAUCUAGCUUUGAUCUAUCUAACCAUUGGGCCACUAGCAAUAUUAACCUUUUAUCAAACAAUUCAUCAUUGCUUCAACAAACUCAACCUCCACCUAAUUCUUUAUCAUCCAAUCUUUAUCUUCGAGGAACUCCGCAGUCAGAAUCAUCUGAUUUCCGCCAACAGGUGGUAGCCGUUGGAACGCCAUUACCUUCAGCAUCAUCUUCUAAUUCAAGUUCACAGGGACCAGUCAUGUUAACAGCCAAAAAUUUGCAAUGCAUGAAAGCCAUUUUAGCGGUUGCUCAUUCAUAUGGAUUUGUUUUAGGCUCUUCAUGGCACCUCAUCCUAACAACACUACAACACUUAGCAUGGAUACUAGACCUUAAACCAACAACUGGUGGCUCGUUGAAAGUAGGUAAACCAGGAACGGAAGCUGGAGCGUCAACCAGUUCACUGAUAACGACUGCUGCUAUGUCUGAUCUUCCCGUUCUUUCAGCAAUGCUUUCACGGUUAUUCGAAUCUAGUCAUUAUGCUCCUUUGGCAAACUUACUAUCUCGUGUUUUUUACUGUUCGCAAGAACUGGAUGAUGCAGCCUUACUUCAUCUCGUUGAAGCUCUUUGCAAACUUUCAAAUGAAGCAAUGGAAAUGGCUUACAAUAAUCGUGAACCUUCUUUAUUUGCGGUUGCCAAAAUGUUAGAAACAGGCUUAGUUAAUCUCAAACGAUACAAAACUUUCUGGACACCAAUGACUGACCAUCUUCUUAAAGUCUGCCAACAUCCUCAGCUAAAAAUGCGUGAAUGGGGAGCCGAAGCUUUAACAUGUUUAGUUAAAAAUGCUUUGACUUUAAAAAAUCUAGAAAUUGGAGAGAAAUUUAAAUUUCUCAAACCACUUCAAGAUAUGUCUUAUAUAAAUCAUAUUGAUAUGCGUCAAAAACAAUUAGAUUGUGUCAUACAAAUUUUACAAUCAUCAGGAGAUACCAUUUCCGAAGGUUGGCCUCAAAUAUUGGACAUUAUUGGAGCUAUCAAUGAAAAUCAAAGUGAGAGUCUCAUCAGAAUUUCAUUCCAGUGUCUUCAAUUGAUUAUCCGUGAUUUCCUCUCUUCAAUUCCGGCUGUUUGCCUGGUUCUUGUUGUUGAUACUAUUGCUAAAUUUGGUUCACAAACUCAAGAAUUAAAUGUAUCAUUGACUGCUGUCAGUUCACUUUGGGAUACUGCUGAUUAUUUAUUUUCUAACCGUAAAAUGAUCGCUGAAAAUCUCGAAGAUGAGGUCAAUGUAGAUCCUGAUUCUCAAAUACCAGCCUACGAUUGUUUAUGGAUGAGUUUAUUUACCAAACUUGGAGAUUUGUGUACUGAUACUAGACCUUCACUUCGAAAGUCUGCUAGUCAAACCUUAUUUGCCACUUUGAGUACUCACGGUGAAAUUUUAGAUUCACGUUUAUGGUCAUCUGUUCUUUGGAAAGUACUUUUCCCUCUUUUGGAUCGUGUAAGAAAUUCCUCUAACACUGCAAGUAGUGAUAAGAUUACUGAAGUUUCAAAAUCAAUGGGUAUCUCUGGUAUCGGUGUAAAUGGUAACACAGGGUCCAUUUUACUUCAUCAUUCCAGGAAUACAGCUCAAAAACAAUGGUCCGAGACUCAAGUUCUCACUUUAUCUGGUGUUUCUCGUAUUUUUAGCCUUAAAAGAGACCAAUUUGUUUCGACUAUAGAUGAUUUUGAGAAAGCUUGGAUUUUGCUGCUAGAUCAUAUUGAAACUUCUGCUCAAUCCAAAAAUUCUGAAGUCUCAAUUUCAGCAUUAAAGUGUUUCCAAGAUAUUCUUUCAUCAUCUUACAAUAUUUCCACCGGCUCAACUUCCUCUACAAUGCAAUCAGUUAAUAAUUCAAUUAAUGGUGAUACAACUGGCUCCUCUUCAUCAGGACCAUUAUCAACCACAUCGGCAACAACCAAUCCACCAUCUAUUCCACUUGAUUCAUUGAGAUCACAUAAAACUUUAUGGAUAAAAGCAUGGAAGGUUUGGCUCAAUAUUGGUACUCAGUGCUUAAAAUCGUGCUACGAAGAGUCUUGUGACAAUGGAGUUAAAAAUUCGCAUUCACUUUCAAAUGCUUCAACCGUUAAUGUGGCUUCUAUGAAACAAGCAAAAUCAAAUGAACAAAUGUCAUCUCAUCUUCCUUCACAAACUUUUCUUGCUUCUUUAAUUCAAAUUUUCCCUUUCCUUUUACAAUUAAUCAAAGACUCUUUCUCUACUACCGAUUUCACCAACCUUUUCUCCGUCCUUGAGAAAGCUCUCGCUGUGCCAGUUGAUGUGGCCACUCAGGCUUAUAUGAUGUCGUCCGCCACCACGACACUUCAAGAAAUUCAAUCUGGAUCUGUAUCACAAAUACCUGUAACACCUCUUCAAGAAUCUAUUUUAUUUGUUAUGGAAACUUUUCAAAAUGAUAUUGUCGGCAAAGUAUCUCGAGGAGAUUCUUCUAAUUCUUGGGAAUCAUUGCUGCCAUUAUUAAUCAACCAAUAUCUCAAUUUUUCACUCUUUGCCUGUCAUUCCCCAGCUACUUCAAUAGUUACACAGUAUCUUUUAAAUUCAACCAAAAAGUAUACACCAAAUGCUGAUUGGACCAUGGCUAGUCUUGUUCCUUUUGGCGAACGAUGCUUGAGAUCUGCUUUAAUUUUAUAUCAACAUACAGCCUCCUGGAAAUCUGUUAUAAAAGGCAACAUUCUUCAUUCGUUUAUCAAGGCUCUUAAGAUUCCAUUAUCAAUGAAGUAUACUUGCCCUUCUCAAUCUACAUGGAAAUUAGCGCAUCAAACUUUGCUCAACUGUUUGUCUAUUGGUUUGCCAAUCGCUCGACAAUUCAGCUCUGAUUUCGUCAGUUUAUGGGCUGAUUUAGCAUCAACUCUGGAAACAUUUCUCUUUUCUAAUAGUAAACCACCUUUAAAUCAAAGUUUAGAAGAACAACAAUGCGAUGAAAUUUUGGAUGUUAAAGUUGUUGAGUUGAUUCGUGAUAAUAUUCUUCCUCAUGCCGGACAAAUGCCGAAAGAAUUUGUUUUACAAAUUGUUUCAAUAUUAAACAAAGGUUCUAUACACUCGGCUACAAAUGGAUCACCAAUCGAUACAGAAUCAACAAGAAAAUUACGCGAAGAAUUUGCUCGUUGCUGUUUUGAUACUCUGCUGCAAUUUUCUUUUCUUGGUCCAAAAGGAAAUCCUAAUCUCUUUAUCCAAGCUCCCAAUUUAUCAACCCCGGGAUCAGCACUGUCUGCUCCUGUUACCGAUAUUGGUUUAGUUAAUAAACUUGUCGUCACAUCUUUAUUACAACGAUUCCAUGAGGUGGUCAUUAAGUAUGUGGAGGAUGAGAAACUCAGUGGUAAAUGUCCAUUACCUAGACACAGAAUGGCCGAAAUUUCAUUCGUAUUACAAGCUUUGGCCACAUUAACUUCUUCUAUGAAGAAAGCACCUCCUGAUACAGUUGAACAUGGUGUCUGGGAACAAAUGAUUUCUCUUUACCCUCAUUUAGUUGAUUGUACAAUGUCGAAUUGUGCUCAAGUUAAUCGAGCUUUACGAGAAGUAUUACAUGAAUAUAAAGAUCUACUUCAUCCUCCAUCACACAUUAAGCAAAACAACAACCAAAAAAUUUUUAUGAACUCAAGAUUUGAUACAAGAGUUGAUACCUUACGAAAGCUGUAAACAUGGUUUUACCAGAAUCCAGUAUAUCUCUUUUUUUAAUACUAUUGAAGUUGACAGAUAACUAAGUUAUAGCAUCUGAGAAUUAUAUAUUUUACUUAUUGUAUCUCUCAAAUCUAUGUAUUCAUUCCCCUUUUUAGAGGUAAUUUAUGUAAACACCAAAAUCUCACAAUCUCUGUGAAAAUGCAAUAGUAAUUUAUUUUCAAGGCAAUGCAAUUAAGAAUUAGAAGAGUCGUUGAAUUUUUACAAAAAAAAACUGUUUUUAAGCUGAUAAUUUUUUGAUUAUAUGAGCUUGUAUGUUUGAAAUACCAUUAUCUUACUAAAAUCAUGGAACCUCUUCUAAUUUUUAGACGAUUGCGACUUGCCUUGGUUAAAUUAAUAAAUAUACUUGUAUUAAACAACGGGCUUUUUAUUAUCCAAAUGGUAAAUUAUUUAUUUGAUACGCAAUAAAAAUUGUUUGUAAAUUCAUUUCAUUCAGAAUAAAUUGAUACGA